CUCAGCAUACGACACAAUAAUAACUAGCUAGGAGGUGGGAGAGCAGACUUCUGACAAAGCACAAAGCGUCGUUCCGCUGUCGUCAGGAAAAAACGAAGGCUCUUCCAACGAGAACCGUCGAGUGGAGCGCUGUUCAGUGUUCAGAUAGUCACGAAGGGAAAGUCGUCAUUACAUUUCUUUGGACUCGUCUCGCGUUUCGAGACGUUCAGCCGCGUUGCACGCAUCCGCCGCCUUCCUUUCUUUCCCCAUCACACAUUGGCAUCAUCUUCCCAGCCCGACACCACCUGGCCAGACGACAUUCGACCCUCGUCACCUCUUACGCUCGCUCGCUCGCUCUGAUAGCGUAUGCUUGCAGGCUCUACACAGUGAGCCUGACCGUGGCUCUUGAGGCUCAGCUGGACGCCUCGACGCUUACCUUUCAUGGUCAACACCGGACAAUAAUCAACUACUUCGCCUCGCCAUCCUAUCCCCCACCAUGGCCAUCCAGCCGUACCAGGAAGACAAUGAGGCUUCCUCCGGACCCCACGACACCGCCCCUGCGAAACGAUUGCGCUGGGCUACCCAGAGGGUCACCGGCGCGCAAGGGGGCACAAAACGACAAUCCAUAUUGAGACGCCUCUCGCAUAAGAAGCGCACGAGUGACGAUUCGACCAAGAGAGAAUCAAAUGGGACCGAUCUCGAAUCUGUGCCCGAGGAAUCCGAGGCUUCUGCCGAUCAAGCUGGCCCUGGCCGUCGUGUCUUCUUCAACACACCGCUGCCCGCGGACGCGCGCGACGAAGAAGGCCACCCGAACACGCAGUUCGUACGCAACAAGAUCCGCACCGCAAAGUACACUCCCAUUAGUUUCAUCCCCAAGAAUCUGUGGUUCCAGUUUCACAACAUUGCCAACAUCUAUUUCUUGUUCAUCAUUAUUCUCUCGAUCUUCCCCAUCUUUGGCGCUACCAAUCCUGGUCUGAGUGCUGUACCGCUGAUCGUAAUCGUCUUCAUCACAGCCGUCAAGGAUGGAAUUGAAGACUGGAGAAGAACUGUACUAGACAACGAGCUCAACAACGCACCUGCCCAUCGUCUUGUCGAUUGGGAGAACGUUAACACUGCCGAGGACCAAAUUUCCCUGUGGCGAAAGUUCAAGAAAGCAAAUACUCGAGCCAUUACCUACGUUUGGCGUCUCUGGAAGAACCGCAAAGAGCCCAAGGAUGAAAAACGAAAGUCUCAAACGGACAGAGCCCUGGACGAAGGCCGGCCUUCCGCAGAUGCUCGAAGACCAUCCAUGUACUCUCAGCGCAUGUCCGCAAUGUCCAUGGUCACAGAAGAGCCUGGUGCCAUGGAGAUGACACCCGUGCAUUCGCCAAUGCCCGCCCCAAACAUGGAAGGAAAUAAAGAGAUGGACUUGGGCGACCACGUCAGAACGUCCCUCGAAAAUGAUGCUAGCAGGCCUGGUGAUGCGCGUCAAGUUGUCGAAGUUGCAAAAGAUCCCACCGAGACGAAUGCCCCCAUUCCGAAACGCUUCUACGGCAACGUCAUCAACCCAAGCAAGCCUGCUGGAAAAGCGCGUUUCAAGAAAGAUUGCUGGAAGAAUGUCCAGGUUGGAGAUUUUGUUAGGCUCUAUAACGAAGAGUCUAUCCCUGCCGACAUUGUCGUGUUGUCGACCUCCGAUCCCGAUGGCGCCUGCUAUGUUGAAACAAAGAACCUGGAUGGAGAGACCAACCUCAAGGUACGCCAGGCUCUGCAUUGUAGUCAGAAGGUAAAGCGGGCACGCGACUGCGAAAGGGCCGAGUUUGUCUUGGAGAGCGAGCCGCCUCACGCCAAUCUUUACUCCUACAGCGGCGCUGUUCGAUGGAGGCAACAUGGGAGCAAGAACUCCGAGGUUGAAGCCGCCGACAUGGCCGAGCCCGUCUCCAUCAACAACAUGUUGCUUAGAGGCUGCUCAAUUCGAAACACAGAGUGGGUUCUAGGUAUUGUUGUCUUCACCGGAGAAGAAACCAAGAUCAUGCUCAACUCUGGUAUUACCCCUACAAAACGCGCCCAGAUCUCCAAGGACUUGAACUGGAACGUCAUUUACAACUUCAUCAUCCUGUUCUUCAUGUGUUUGAUUUCGGCCUUGGUCCAAGGCACCACCUGGGGCAAGGGUAAUGAAUCGCUCGACUUCUUCGAAUUCGGCUCCUAUGGCGGUACGCCUGGUCUCAAUGGUUUCAUCACUUUCUGGGCUGCCAUCAUUCUCUUCCAAAACUUGGUUCCCAUCUCCCUGUACAUCUCGCUCGAAAUCGUUCGUACUGCGCAGGCUUUCUUCAUUUACAGCGAUACAUUCAUGUAUUAUGCCCCAGUCGACUACCCAUGCACGCCUAAGUCAUGGAACAUCUCCGACGAUCUCGGUCAGAUCGAGUACAUUUUCUCUGACAAGACUGGCACAUUGACUCAAAACGUCAUGGAGUUCAAGAAGGUUACGAUCAAUGGCGUCCCCUAUGGAGAAGCAUACACAGAAGCUCUGGCUGGAAUGCAGAAACGACAAGGAAUCGAUACCGAGGUUGAAGGAGCCAAAGCUCGCGAGCAAAUAGCUCGCGGCAAAGUCAAGAUGCUCGAGGACCUACGCAAGAUUCACGAUAAUCCUUAUCUUCUCGACGAAAACGUGACCUUUGUUGCGCCCGAUUACAUCGCCGACCUGACUGGAGCGUCUGGACCUCAGCAGAAAGCUGCUAAUGAGUAUUUCAUGCUCGUGCUAGCGCUUUGUCACACAGUGAUCACUGAACGCACACCCGGUGAUCCGCCAAAACUGGAGUUCAAAGCCCAAUCGCCCGAUGAGGCUGCACUCGUUGCAACAGCCAGAGAUUGUGGCUUCACGGUACUUGGUCGCUCGAACGAUGGCAUCAUUCUCAAUGUUCUCGGUGAAGAACGCGAAUAUACUGUACUCAAUAUCUUGGAGUUCAACUCAUCCAGAAAACGCAUGAGUGCAAUUGUACGUAUGCCUAAUGGAAAAAUCGUCUUGUUCUGUAAGGGUGCAGACAGUAUCAUAUACUCGCGAUUGAGGAAGGGUGAACAGCAGGACUUGAGGAAAACAACCGCUGAUCAUCUUGAAAUGUUUGCACGCGAGGGUCUGCGUACUCUUUGUAUUGCUCAGCGAGAACUCGACGAAGCCGAGUAUCAGACAUGGAACAAGCAGCACGACAUAGCUGCAGCAGCUAUCCAGAAUCGCGAGGAAAAGCUCGAAGAAGUCUCAGACGCCAUCGAGCGCGAUCUUACACUCCUUGGAGGAACUGCCAUUGAAGACAGACUCCAAGAUGGUGUACCUGAUGCAAUUUCGCUUCUUGCCCAAGCAGGUAUCAAGCUUUGGGUUCUGACGGGAGACAAGGUCGAGACAGCUAUCAACAUCGGCUUCUCGUGUAAUCUGCUGGGCAACGACAUGGACCUGAUCGUGUUGAACAUUCAAGACGAAAGUCUGGCUAGUGCAGAGGCAGAGCUUGAUAAGAACCUGGCUAUGUUUGGCAAGACUGGAUCAGAUGAGGAACUCAAGGCCGCAAAGAAAAACCACGAACCACCAGCACCCACUCAUGCUGUAGUCGUUGACGGCGAGACCUUGAAGCUUAUGCUUGACGACAAGCUAAGACAGAAGUUCCUGCUUUUGUGCAAAGAGUGCAAAUCAGUUCUGUGUUGUCGUGUCAGCCCUAGUCAAAAGGCCGCGGUUGUUGGUAUGGUCAAGAAUGGUCUUGACGUUAUGACCUUGUCCAUUGGUGAUGGUGCCAACGAUGUUGCCAUGAUCCAAAAAGCCCACGUUGGUGUUGGUAUUGCUGGUGAGGAAGGCAGACAAGCAGUCAUGUCCUCUGACUACGCGAUUGGCCAAUUCAGAUUCCUUACAAGACUCGUGUUGGUUCACGGACGUUGGUCAUACCGUCGACUUGCCGAAACGAUUGCGAACUUCUUCUACAAGAACAUUAUCUGGACCUUUGCUCUUUUCUGGUACCAGAUUUUUGCUAACUUCGAUUGUUCAUACAUCUUUGAUUACUCCUAUAUUCUACUUUACAACCUGGCGUUUACUUCCUUGCCGGUCAUCUUGAUGGGUAUCCUGGAUCAAGAUGUCGACGACAAAGUGUCUCUAGCGGUGCCUCAGCUUUACAGACGCGGCAUUGAAAGGAAGGAAUGGACACAGGUCAAGUUCUGGACAUAUAUGAUUGACGGUCUUUACCAGUCGCUCGUUUGCUUUUUCCUCCCCUACCUUCUGUUCCGACCAGCCAACUUUAAUACCGAAUCGGGCCAGAACGUCAACGACUAUCAACGCAUCGGUGUUUACAUCGCGAAUGCCACCGUCGUGGUGGCUAACCUUUACAUCCUGAUGAACACCUACCGUUGGGAUUGGUUCUUCACCCUCAUAACAACGAUCUCUAUCUUGCUCAUCUGGGCCUGGACUGGCAUCUAUUCCUCAUUCACUGUCGGUUUCACCUUCUACAAGGCGGGCGCUGAAGCAUAUGGAUCUUUGAGCUUCUGGGCCUUGACGAUGAUGGUCAUCAUUGUCGCUCUCCUUCCUCGCUUUGCUGCGAAAUCAUUCCAGAAGAUCUUUAUGCCUCGCGAUAUCGACGUCAUCCGUGAACAGAUCAGACAAGGCAAAUUUGACUACCUCAAGAAUGUGGAUCCAGAAAGCUCGAACGGUGUCACACCGCCUCCUCCUGAAAAGGUGUCGGAUUCUACUUCAAGUUCGGAGAUAAGCAAGCCUUCUGGGGCGCAACGACUUGCUCACAAAUUGUCUCAUAACAGGGUUCCCACCGAAGACGAGCGACCUAUCUACCCCCCUUCAAUAGCAGCGACGGCAACGACCCGUAAUGCUAGGUCCCACAACGGUAGUGACGGCACCGACUAUACUGGACACCGAUCUUCUAUUGAUCGAACGUUCCCUGCGGUCGGUCAAGUGACAUCGCGUCCUUCUGAAGACUUUGGCCAUAGUCCGAUUGACUUCUAUCGACCUCCAGUCAUCGCUGGAGGAUUUGAGUCACCCGCACCACGACCAAGCUAUGGUGAUCGACCGAGACCUUCAUUCGAUCGUCUGAGGGCUAGCAUGGACUUUGAGAGAACUCGACCGUCUUUUGAGAGCUCACGAGAUUUCACCAGUGCAGCAUAUUUGUCGCGCGUAGAAAGUAGUCAUACACCUGCCGGCACACCUGCUGCGGUAGACCGAAAAGACAUUGGAUAUGCGAUGUGAUGAGAAGCGUGGAUUGGAAGUUGUGUACAAAAGGCAGGCUAGGAGCGAGGGCGUUCCGCUUCGGUUGUCUUGAUUACUGUCUCUUUUGCAUGGCGUACUGUUUGACUAUGGUCUUUUAUGAUUUGGAUUUUUGCAUAGAUUUGUUUCAAGUUAGUUAAGAUUCCCGGCUGUCGUUCUUUCAAACGAAGCUCCGCUCUGGCCUGUUGACAGGGUUUUGAAUAUGAUCGAGUUCACUGUUCUGUCUGUCAUUUACAUAGCAGUUUCCAAAUCGUGUGCUGAAUCACAAGUCUUGGC